AUGAGGGGCGAGGCCCCUUGAGGCCCGAAGAUGGGGAACGUCACUGAGAACUCGUCGCUGAGCUGUCCCAUCGACCACACCAUCCACCAGACUCUGGCCCCGGUGGUCUAUGUGGCGGUGCUGGUGGUGGGCUUCCCGGCCAACUGCCUGUCCCUCUACUUCGGCUACCUGCAGAUCAAGGCCCGGAACGAGCUGGGCGUGUACCUGUGCAACCUGACGGUGGCCGACCUCUUCUACAUCUGCUCGCUCCCCUUCUGGCUGCAGUACGUGCUGCAGCACGACAACUGGUCGCACGGAGACCUGUCCUGCCAGCUGUGCGGCAUCCUCCUCUACGAGAACAUCUACAUCAGCGUGGGCUUCCUGUGCUGCAUCUCCAUCGACCGCUACCUGGCCGUGGCCCACCCCUUCCGCUUCCACCAGUUCCGCACCCUGAAGGCGGCCGUGGGCGUCAGCGCGCUCAUCUGGGCCAAGGAGCUGCUGACCAGCGUCUACUUCCUCAGGCACCAGGAGGUGGUGGAGGACGACAAGCGGCACCGCGUCUGCUUCGAGCACUACCCGCUGGAGCCGUGGCAGCGCGGCAUCAACUACUACCGCUUCCUGGUGGGCUUCCUCUUCCCGCUGUGCCUGCUGCUGGCCUCCUACCAGGGCAUCCUGCGGGCCGUGCGCCGCAGCCACGGCACCCAGAAGAGCCGCAAGGACCAGAUCCAGCGGCUCGUGUUCAGCACGGUGGUCAUCUUCCUGGCCUGCUUCCUGCCCUACCACACCCUGCUGCUGGUGCGCAGCCUCUGGGAGGCCAGCUGCCAGUUCGCCAGGGCCGUCUUCAACGCCUACCACUUCGCCCUGCUCCUCACCAGCUUCAACUGCGUGGCCGACCCCGUGCUGUACUGCUUCGUCAGCGAGUCCACCCACAGGGACCUGGGCCGCCUGCGCGGGGCCUGCCUGGCCUUCCUCACCUGCGCCAGGACCGGCCGGGCCAGGGAGGCCUACCCGUCGGGCACCCCCGACGCCUCGGGGAAGAGCGAUGAGCCUGAGUUGCUGACCAGGCUCCACUCGACCUUCCAGACCCCGAACUCGCCUGGAGCGGGCGGGACCCCCGCGGGCGGCUUGGCCUAG